CCAAACUUGGAACCCUACCGUGUGUCUACUUUGCCAUACAAGAUUCUGUAGUUUUUGGUCCACUAAAGUAAAUUGACGGCCAGGAAGCUCUCUUUCAUUGGCUGACACUUGAGGUCCGCUAGCCCGCUUCAUGAAAUUCAACUUUCCAGUAAAGUACCACGUUUCCCGCCCUGUACAAAGCUACGUUCGUUACAACUGUACAAAAUGCACAAAGCUGUUAUUCUAGUCGGCGGCCCAUCGAGAGGAACUCGUUUCCGCCCUUUGUCUCUGAAUGUGCCAAAGCCUCUAUUCCCUGUUGCUGGCGCUCCGAUCAUUGCUCAUCAUUUGGCUGCUGUAGCAAAGAUCGAAGGUUUGAAGGAAGUUCUCAUCAUUGGUUUCUUUGAGGAUAAUGUCUUUGCCAACUUCAUCAACCAAGCUGCAAUUGACUACCCCAACAUCAACGUUCGCUACCUUCGUGAAUAUCAAGCUCUUGGUACCGCUGGAGGCAUCUAUCACUUCCGUGAUGAAAUUCUUCGAGGAGACCCAAAGUCUUUCUUCGUCAUCCAUGCUGAUAUCGCGUGUGCCUUUCCUUUGCAAGGUAUGCUCGAUGCUCACUCUAAGCAUCGUGGUCUUUGCACUCUUCUUGGCACAAAGGUUCCUCGUGAGCAAGCCAACAAAUUUGGUUGUCUCAUUGCUCGACCAGAAACCAAUGAAGUCUUGCAUUAUGUUGAAAAGCCAGACUCUUUCAUUUCUGACUUGAUCUCGUGCGGUGUUUACUUGUUUGAUAGUGCUGUCUUCAGCGAGAUCAAGAAUGCCCUUGAUAAUAAGAAGAACGCUCAUGAAGAAAACGAUUACCUCUGGUCAGCUCCCGAUGAUCGCCUCCGUCUUGAACAAGAUUUGUUACGACCUUUGUCAGAGGGAAGAAAGCUUUAUGUUUUUGAAACACAAAACUUUUGGAGACAAAUCAAGACUGCAGGAUCUGCCGUACCUGCCAACGCAGCCUACCUUGAGCAGUGCGCUGCAGAGGCACCAGAGCGUUUGGCAAAGAAGCAACCCAAUGGCCCUGAGAUAGUCGGUGCUGUUUAUAUCCACCCAUCUGCAUCAAUUGAUCCAACUGCUAAGAUCGGUCCUAAUGUAUCCAUCGGGCCACGUGCUGUUAUCGGAAAGGGUGUGCGUAUUAAGGAUGCCAUUGUCUUGGACAAUGUUGUUGUAAACUCUGGAAGCUGCGUCCUCCACGCUGUUGUUGGCUGGGACAGCCGUAUUGGUGCAUGGGCGCGUGUGGAAGGUAGCCCUGUUCAAGGCCACUCUACAACGGUGACCAAGAACGGUAUCAAGAGCCAAAGCAUCACCAUCCUCGGAAAGGAGGUCUCUGUUAAGGACGAGAUUAUUAUCCGAAAUUGUAUUGUUCUGCCCCACAAGGAGCUCAAGGCUUCUUUCCAUAAUGAAAUUCUCAUGUAACGAUUGUAUGCGUCCGCCUACGUUGAUCCCGGGUGCAAGCGACAAGAUGGCAACCUGUGAAAGGGAGCGGUCUAUUUUGUUGGCCGGAUACCUUACAACACAUAUCAGUAUAUGUGGAUUACACAAAUGUCAUACUUCAAAUCUUUCCUGGAUCAGUAGAAAACCCUUACAUUGUUCAAAAUUGUGAAAUAAAAGCUAACACGAAUGUAUGAAAGUAUAACUAGAAUUCGG